AGAUAGAAACCAAUCACACCGCGGUCAGGACAUCCACGUCACUUGCCAGAGACCUGCCACAUACUCGUCGUUCAACGUUAGCCAGCGGUUAUCAUCUGGCUGCUCAGAAAUGUGAAUUUUUCCAGAAAAGGAUGGGACUUUUGACUCUGUUGUUAGUCAUGAUGACAAGUGAGGAAAACGGGAUGGAACAAGCCAAAUCCCCCUCCUUCAGCCGACUGAUCGUUGAUAUAAACCGACAACUAAACCUAACCAACAAGUAGAAGACAUUCUGCAUCAUGGGAAGGAUCAGCUUUUCGUGCCUUUUCCCAGCGUCAUGGCAUUUCAGCCUGUCCUCCCAGGUUCUUCCUCGGCUCCUGAUACCUUCCCUCAGACAGCUGCUCUUCAUCGGCCUGGUACUCUGCCUCAUCGGUCUACUCUACCUGCUGCUCGUCACUGGAAAGGGGCACGGCAGCUGGAUCAGAAAGGAAAAUCACUUCCACAGGCAUUUGGCAAGGGUGACUGAUGUGGAUGCAACAGACACAAGCAACCCCAACCUGAACUAUGGCCUGGUGGUGGACUGUGGCAGCAGUGGCUCCAGGGUAUUUGUGUACUGCUGGCCGCGGCACAAUGGCAAUCCCCAUGAACUACUGGACAUUCAGCAAAUGAGAGAUCAGCACCGCAAGCCAGUGGUCAUGAAGAUCAAACCAGGUAUCUCUGAAUUGGCUAAAACCCCUGAGAAAGCCAGUGAUUAUAUCUAUCCACUGCUGAGCUUUGCAGCCCAACACAUUCCUAAACAUAAGCACCAAGAAACACCCUUGUAUAUCCUCUGCACAGCUGGGAUGAGAAUCCUUCCUGAAAGUCAACAAGAAGCACUUCUUGAGGAUCUGCGAACGGAUAUCCCAGUCCACUUCAACUUCCUCUUCUCUGAUUCCCAUGUGGAAGUGAUUUCUGGAAAACAGGAAGGUGUCUAUGCAUGGAUUGGAAUCAACUUUGUCCUUGGAAGGUUUAACCAUGUGGACAGUGAUGGGGAAGCUGUAGUGGACGUACAAGUCCCAGGCAGCGAUCAACAGGAGACAAUGGUUAGGAAAAGGACUGCCGGUGUCCUGGACAUGGGUGGGGUCUCCACACAGAUCGCAUACGAAGUGCCCAAAACUGUAAGCUUUGCUUCUCCACAGCAGGAGGAAGUUGCCAAGAACUUACUGGCGGAGUUCAACCUGGGGUGUGACGCACAUCGUACAGAGCAUGUUUAUCGUGUUUAUGUGUCCACCUUCCUGGGUUUUGGUGGAAAUGCAGCACGCCAAAGAUAUGAGGAGAGCCUAAUCAGAAAUACCGCCACUCGAAACAAGCUCUUAGAUCAGCAUAUUGGUGAAACAGCCGAGUCUCCCCUCCUGGAUCCUUGUCUACCCACAGACCUGCAGGAUAACAUUGGUUCAUCUACACAGAAGCUCUAUCUGCGAGGCACAGGAGACUUUGACCAGUGUAGACAGAUUCUCCAGCCGUUCCUCAACCGUACCAAUGAGACCCAGACCUCUCUCAAUGGUAUCUACCAGCCACACAUUGAUUACAGCAACAGUCAGUUCUACGGCUUCUCUGAGUUCUACUACUGCACAGAGGACGUGCUGCGUAUGGGCGGGGACUAUAACGCUUCCAAAUAUACCCGGGCUGCCAAGAGUUACUGUUCCACCCAGUGGAAGACUCUGAGGGAACGCUUUGACUCUGGCUUGUAUGCCUCGCACGCAGAUCUUCACAGACUGAAGUACCAGUGCUUUAAAUCAGCAUGGAUGUAUGAAGUAUUGCACUCAGGCUUCUCUUUCCCAGCCAAUUAUAAGAACCUAAAGACUGCCCUAUUGGUCUAUGAUAAGGAGGUCCAAUGGACACUUGGAGCUAUUCUUUACAGAACCCGAUUUCUGCCUCUGAGGGACAUCCAGCAGGAAAGUCUGAAAGGAGUACACUCCCACUGGCGGCACAGCUUCUCUUUUGUCAACAACCACUACUUAUUCCUGGCUUGUUUCUUCAUUGUGCUGUUGUCUAUUAUACUGUACUUACUGCGACUCCGCCGCAUCCAUCGGCGCACGGCGCAGCUCUGCACCCCUUCCUCUGUACCUUGGUUGGAAGAUGGCCUCGGCUCACCCACACUCCCCAUCACUCUCUAAACUUUGUAGGGCAUAACAUUGCAGCAGCAUGUCUUACUUUCCAAUGCCAAUCUUCACUCCUUUUCUCUCUGAGGCCAUCUGCUUGUUCAAUGAGCAUUUGCAGGCUUCCACCCUGACAACAGGGCUGCUCCCUACUACGAGUUGAAACAAAAAUGAAAGUGAGAAUUGGACAAAUAAGGAAGAUCUUAUGUGUGUCUUUCAUACCUGAGCCAUGAAAAUAUGUGUUGAAGUUAUUUUGCUUAAUAUUGAAAUGAUAUUUUUUUUCUUGCCUGCCACAUUAAGUCAAAAUCAAAUGGCAACUGCCUCCAUCAAUUUUAUUUCUAAAAAACAAACGGUACAUUGCUGGCUAGCUAAUUUCCAAAACUUAAGUAAAUAUGUGCUCACACUUUUGAAAGUUAGACAGGUCCUUGGCAGCAAGUUACUGGGCAUUUGCCUUUCUUUAUGCCUUUUAUAUGUGUAUGAUCAUGUCUUUUCUUUUUUUUUUAAAUAGUACAAGCACUCACCAUUUCUAUAGAAAUGCAAUACGAUUUAUAAUUAGUGGAAGGAGCACUUUGUAACGCAGUUGACAUGCACUUUUCAGCUGGAAUGGUCUCUCUUUUUUUGUGUUUGUUUCCCAAAUUGUUCUGCCUCAACCAGACACGUAGCCUUUAAUAGCUAUACUAGUGCAAUACAUGUCUUAUCACUGUUAGGAGAAACUCUCCAAAACACAUCUGCUCUUUUGUUGUUCUCUCUUAAACCUCAGCUGAAAUUCUUCGUGUUGGGUUAUCUGCCCCUUUUGAGUUGGAUACUGUUUCAUAUAUUUACGUUGGGCUUCAUUUUCAGAAGCUGUCAUAUCACUGUUGUGAGGGGAAUGUAAAUGAGAGCACCCAUUAUUUAUAUGAAAAUGGUCUAGUGAAACGUUUGCACAGAUGAAUGCGAAAUAAAUGUCACAUUGCAAUUCAGUAAUAAAGGUUUAUGGUAUAUCU